CACGACUGCGAUCAGAACUCGAUUCGUACCGCAGCCGACAGCCAUGUCCACCAAGAAGAAGUCCAAAUCGAACUCGUCCUCGGUCCCGGCUCCUAAUAAAGCCGAUAAUGGACCGUCCAUUCGCAUUGUGUACGACGUGGAAGCGUACACGAAGCAUUACAACCACAUGGCAGCAACCUUGACCAGAGUGUUCCCGACGCUCCGAUGCUUUGGACAAAAAGCGACCCCAACGUUAAAAGGCAUGCUGCUCGCGUUCUCCAUUUUGGUCUUGCAAGGCCUCCUUGCACUGAGCGUGUUCUAUGGUGAAGCUUUCCUCUUGGACCACUUUGGCAUCGCGCUCGAAUUUCACGUGUCGCAAUUCAUCAAGGACUACCAAAUGAUGAUUCUCCUUCCAAUUGCGUUCAUCACGCCGAUCAUGCAAUACGUCGCGCGCAAUGGCAAGUAUGAAGUUUACUACAACGAGGUCCUGAUCCACUCCAAGCACGACACGAACCAACUGCCUUCCGUUGCGUACGUGAAGGACUUAUUGGUGAAGAAGGGGUUGAAGGCCAAGGACGAGUAGAUUGUAUUGCCCGUCUUCCUCUCCCUUCUUGGUAUUUCGUGAUAUAGAGUGAGCAUUUGGAGCAUCUUCCUCAAAAUCCUGGUGGGAUUUGGCACGCACUGCGACAUAUACCUGCAUUAUGACCUUAUUGCAUGUCGAAUCGAUACAGAUUCACGAAGCCGAGUGUCGCCGACCUCGGGUUUCUCGAUUUCGUCGUGGCGGCGGUGCGUCUACAAGG